GCCAUCUUGGAAUAAUUUCUGGAAAAAGUCUUGGAAAAGUGUUGAAAAUACUGCCGAUUUUUGCCUUAUUUCCUUCAUUUGAUGCACAAAUUUUAAGCCGCAUUAGAAGCCCUCUAUCUCUUUCAUUGAACGAUGACGAUUUUACCAAAAAAGAAGGUUUCUAAAGAGAAAAAUGAGAAGGAAACCCAAGAGCUGCCCCCUCACCCUCCCCAUCAUGCAAGCCAUACCCAUUCUACACAUCCACCUGGGCCAGUGGAGACCCGUCAUGAAAGAGUCCCACAUGUCCCAAGAUCAAGGACUUCGCCACCAAGAUGGGGGGUUACACCCCCUAUAGAUGACUCGGGGCAAUUUGAGGACUACGAAAACCACGAGAGUGCAACAACGUCUAGUCACAACAAACGGAGACAUCGGUCGUCUCCGCAUCGUAAUGUCCGGAAACACCGGACUCAUUCCAGUGCUCUCGGAAGUGCGGCUGCAGCCGCCACACUUGGUGCUGCGCCCCCUGUUGCAUCAACGAGUACAACAGAGGACGUUGAUAUGGUGGAACUCGAAGGACAAUCCCAAUCAGGACAAAAUAGCGAGGACGAAUACGACUUCCCUGCGUAUUCUGAACAAGAUUACGAAGAGUUGGAGCAGUGGUUCGCAAAGGUAGCAAAAGAAAAACGAGGGCUUCUAAUAAAGAAGAUGCAAAAUGAUGGUGCAUGUCUCUUCAGGGCUGUGGCUGACCAAGUGUAUGGUGACCAAGAAAUGCAUGAUGUUGUCAGAAAACUCUCAUUAGAUUACAUGGCAAAAAACAAAGAUCAUUUUUCCCAGUACAUCACGGAAGACUUCACUCGCUACAUCGAUAGAAAACGGAAACAUCACUGUCAUGGAAAUCACAUUGAAAUGCAAGCUAUUUCCGAAUUAUAUAAUCGACCAGUUGAAGUCUAUCAGUACGGAAUUGAACCAAUCAACAUAUUUCAUGGUGCUUACAAGACCGAGGAUACAGAGCCUAUCCGCAUUAGUUAUCACCGAGGUGUCCAUUACAACUCGCUGACCAAUCCUUUCAAGGCGACGGUGGGAGUUGGCCUAGGACUGCCAGGAUUUCAACCCGGGCUGGCGGAGAAAACUCAGAUGCGAGAUGCCGCCAAAGCUUCAGAGGACUUCCAUAUUGAAAAGACAAUGCUCGAGGACAAACUGCGUGAAACAGACUGGGAGUUGACCCAGGAGGCAUUGGAAGAGCAGGUAGCCAGGGAAUCGUACCUCCAGUGGCUGAGGGACAAUGAGAAUAGAGCAAAAAAGAGUCGAACAGCCAGUGCCGCUUGUAGCUCUGCUGCUGAGGCCCACUGCCACCUGGAGCCAUUCUCACCUGCCCGAUCGCCCGAAUCACGCCCGCUUCGCUCACCACGGAGCCGCAGCCAGAAUGCAUCAACACAGAACAGCCCGAAUAGAAUAGAUCCUUUGUUAGAUUUGGAGCAGCCAAAAUCCCCCAACCCUGCUGAGAUGCAGACGUCAGUUCCUGGGGACACCACUCCUAAACAUUCCAUGGAAGUUCCCGUGGCACCUGAUGCUGACAAACCGUCAUUGGUCUUAAAAGAUAUGUCAGCUCUAAGUGGCACUACGAGUGGUGUGGAGGCAAACACAUUUACCGAGACUGCUUCUAUUAUGAACCAGCUACCUCCUGACGUGUUUGGACUUUCCGAGUGGGACGAAGAUGACAUUCUGGCACAGGUGAUCGCUCAGUCUCAGCAGGAAUAUAUGGACAUUCUCAAGAAACAGGUCAAAGAUACGGCUGACUCUAGCUAACCCACUCUCAACGGAUGUCACGCUUUUAUGUAAAUGACAUGUAAAUAGACCAUCAAGAAGAUUAUAUAUGUUGACAGGUUCAGUUUCUCCAUCUGGUAUCGACUGUACAGUAAUGAUCAUGACUUAGAACGCGCUGUAGACCUCAUUAGUGUUUUGAAAGUUUCAGCGCAAAUUAUGAUGUGCGUCACUUUCACAUGGCGUCGGGGUAAGGGGGACUUUUCCAAACUGUUGUACCGAUAUAGAAAUCGUCAGUUAUAUGUUUAGUUUAUUUUUGCAUGAGAAAUGCAACAGAAACUCUUUAUGUCCAGUUUAUUUGCGUCCGUUCCUUUUCUGUCGAGGUCCGAAGAGAUACUCUAUCCACUAGCCCAUAAGGUCAGUUUCACUUUCUUUAUUUCUGGCUUCUUGCUACUGUGUGUGGCAUCAUAAUUUGAAAUCAAUGUAGGAAGUUUACGUAUCAUGAAUAUAAAACAUUUGACAGCUUGCCCAUGAACUCAUGCUUGUCAUGAGAUUGUAGAAAUGGUCGAAAAGCCAAACUGACCUCAUAAGUUGUUGGAUAGGGUAUUUGUAUUUGGGUACAAGAGUUACAUUAUUAAACAGGUUGCUGAAUUUGUUGAGACACUUUGUAGCGAAUACAGCCUUCCACCUUACCGGGACAGUGUGAUUUCAUGUCGGAUGUAGCACAAAUUGAAUGAGAUCAGAGUAGGCAAAUACUUGAAAUUAUUAUUGUUACAUGUGUAAAAAGAUAAUUGUGAUUAACUUCUUGAUUGAUUAGGUCCAGCUGCUGUGCUUUAUAAAUAUAAAUACAAAACAUACGAGACAAGUGUGUUUUUUAAAAAGGUAGUAUUAAGCUUGAAACUGUAAAGUCAGACAGGAGCGGUAACAACUUUCUAGAUGUUCAGCCAUUGCUGCUUGCUUGAAAAACUUUGACAGCUCCUGGCUUAGUUUACAGAACGUAAGGUAAAUGGGUCCAGUUAUAGCCUGUGUGUAGAGUCAGCUGUUUUCUACACUAUAAGGGCUAUCAUUGUACCAUUUCACCUUACGCGGUAUGAGUUUUUCCUUGAAAGCAUUCAACGAUUUGUUCUUCGACGUCUUAAUUAGCCUGGUGAUAGAUAUUAUAAAAUUUUAGUUAUUCAACAGUCAGGAGAUGAACAGAAAAAGACUGAUUUUAGUUAAUUACAGGUAAUUACAGAAUAUAAUAGAAAAUGUGCUGUAAUACAAUUGACGCGUAUGAAACUAACUUAUAAUAAAACCAUACUCAAAUCAUUA